CGCGCGAUUCGGUGUCGAUCUGAAUCGGCGUCACAAACCCGCGCGGCGACGCUCGUGACCAUGCUGAGCCACGCCAUCGCGUUCAGUAACAACAAAGGAGGGUCCGGGAAGACGUUCAUGGCGUUUCAGAUCGCGUGCGAGGCCGCGAGGGCGCGGCCGGAGUCGAAAGUGUGCGUCAUCGAUUUCUCGCUGUACAGCGACAUUAGCGCUUUGAUGCUCGGCGGAAGCGCGCGCGAGGGGAUCGGUGCGCCCAUGCGCGGUCUGCAGACGUGCGUGGACAUCACGGAGGCGGAUAAUCGCGCGGAAGGGCUGGUGCGCGCGCUGGAGGUGGCGGCGCAGGCGAGAGGGGAAGGGGACGAAGCGAGACGCGGCGAAAACGGCGGACGCGCGGGGCAGAGGAGCGUGUUCGGAACGUGGUUCUCGCGCGCGGGGAGCUCGGCGCAGUUGAAACACGAACCGCGAACGGAUGUGGAUUUGACGGAUUUCAUGAUUCGUCCGCACGACGUGAACGAGGAAGUGCCGAAGAACUUGUAUCUGGUCGCCGGCGCCGGCACGGUGAGUUGGAAUAGCGAGACGACGGCGAUGGCGACGGAUGAUGAGAUGGAGAUUCCUUUGUGGGCGCGCACGGGAGAUGAGUGGGUUGGCGCUGGAGAAGUGUUUCGCGACGCCGUGCAGGCGUUGCCCGAGGCCUUUGACGCUAUUUUUGUCGACACCGAUCACUUGGCCGCGUGCGUGUUGACCAAGCUCGCGUUCGCCGCGAUGGAUUCCAUCGUGAUUCCUCUGAGUUACAACGACAUGGAUUUCAACCGCCUGUUCGCUGAUAUCACCGGUAAUGGAUUGUUCACCGAUGUUUUGCGGACGAUGGACGAGCAAGGGCAGCUCCGAGCGCGCGUGAAGAAGUUUAUGUUUACGCGCGUCGGGAGCACGGCGAACGCUCCGCACAAGUCUCCGGGCGGCAUCGCCUCGCCGUUCACUCCGACGAAAACGUCGACGGCUCAGAUGGACGAUAUGGCGAGACAAAUCUGGAGCGCGUGCGACCAGCCGCUGUACAAGGCGUUAUUUGCAAACUUGGACGCUCUCGAAGCCGAGGGCGGGAACGUCGUGCAGUCCUUCAUGACUGAAUACUUUGGUAUGUUCAAGCUCGUUCCAGAACUCGCCUCCCUGAUCUCGACCAUGAACGGUAUCCCAGUGUGCGGCAUGACCUCCAAGUCCUACACCGCCGCUAAUGGUCUGACUGGCUCCACCGGCUCGGCGGUUUUGAACAGCUUGAAGGCUGAGCUCGCGGCGAGCACGCAAACCAUCUUGGACGCGCGAUACAACGCCGCGAUUUCCUCCUCGUAAUCCGAGCGGACGACGCAACCGUGAAGAAUAAACACGCAUAAACGAAAGUAGCCCGCGCGCCGCCGUACAGUCGGCGCGACUAGCGAACCAUUGUAAUCCACCAAUUCCUGCAUCGACC